UAUAUAAAGAGAAUAGGAUGUCAGAGGGAGUGCUACUGUGCGACUGACCUCCCUACUGACAGGAUGAAAACCCUCCAGUUUCUGUUUCUCGUGGCUGUAAGCCUCUCUCUUGCCCAGUCCAUGGACUACAAGGCACUCAACCAGUUUAGAAACAUGAUCCUGUGUGUGAUGCCUGACAGCUGGCCUGUCUUGGACUACGCUGACUAUGGCUGCUUCUGUGGGAAAGGAGGCUCUGGCACACCUGUGGAUGAUCUGGAUAGGUGCUGUUAUGUGCAUGAUCUGUGUUACAAUGAUGCCAUGCAGCACCCCGAGUGCUGGCCCAUCCUCGACAAUCCCUACACCGAGUUCUACGCCUACAGCUGUGACGAGGCAAACAAGAAGGUCACCUGUGGCAACAACAACAAUGAAUGUGAGAUGUUCAUCUGCGAGUGCGACAGGAAGGCUGCCGAGUGUUUUGCCAAAAAUCCUUGGAACCCAGAGCACGAGCAUCUGCCCAGUGACCAAUGUCAGUAAAAAACAAACUGUAUUAGGAUUUUUUGCCUGGUUUUAAAGUGCUAUUUGGUUAAGAGAAAACACAACACACAUUGUCAAUUUGUUGAGGACCCAUUAGCUUAUUAUAAAUAAUCACACAGAUGUAACAUUCUGGCACAAAGUAUUCAGGAUUCCUAUUUGGCUUACAAUGAUUUUGUGUGACCUUUAACAUUCCAUUAUUACCUCCAUCUGUAAAGGUAUAUAUAUAUGUUUGUUUUGAAAUUGUGAUAAUAAACACAAUUUUCCCUGCA